AUGCCUGUGAAGACAGAUGGUCUGUCAUCUAAUGGGCGGAGCCAAGAAGAUUCCAUAUUCAAAUUAAAUCACCUGGAGAUCUCCUUCACUGGAUAUCACGCCAUCACAGAGAAAACAACACUUCUGGAAGGACAGACAUUAACAGGGAAUGGACUUCCAGUGGAAGCAUCUCUGAGAUUGAUGAAUGGUGGGAACUCUUGCUCUGGACGAGUGGAGGUUUUCUAUAAUGGCGCAUGGGGAACGGUGUGUGAUGAUUCCUGGGAUUUGUCAGACGCUGCGGUGGUGUGUAGAGAGAUCGGAUGUGGGAAUGCAACUGAGGCAAAGAGCAAUGCUUAUUUUGGUCCAGGAACUGGAUCAAUAUGGAUGGAUGAUGUGCUUUGCAUUGGCAGCGAGUCCUCUCUGGUAGACUGUAAGAGAAGCGCGUGGGGAAUACAUAACUGUGUGCAUGGUGAAGAUGCUGGAGUCAUUUGUGAAGGCCCUAUUAGGUUGGCAAAUGGCCGUGACUCUUGUUCUGGGCGAGUGGAGUGGAUUCAUAAUAAGACAUGGGGAACAGUGAGUGAUGAUGGCUGGGAUCUGUCAGACGCUGCAGUGGUGUGUAGAGAACUGGACUGUGGGAAUGUGAUUGAGGCAAAGAGCGCUGCUUAUUUUGGACAAGGAACAGGACCGGUAUGGUUGGGCGCAGUGCAAUGCUAUGGGACCGAGGACUCGUUGAUGAACUGUACAUCCACAAAAUGGGAAAUACAGAGCGGUGACCAUUCAAGAGAUGCUGGAGUUAUCUGUAACAGUGAGUAGCAAAGAUGCAGAUGCACUUUGCAUGAUGCCUUGUAAAUUCCUUCAAUAACUCAUUACUUUAUUGUGGUUUUUUAUUUGUACUUUUAUUUAGUGUGUAUUUUAAAUUGUUAAAGAACAAUUUAGCAGACACUUUAGGACUAAACGUGCAGUACAACAUGGUUUCAUGAAUUUUACAUUAGUUUACCUUACAUUAGCAAAUUUGUUUUAACAUUAGUUUACCACAUUAGUUACAGCAUACCAAAGACUAUAGAAUACACAAGACAUGUCACUCCUGUAGUUUUGGUUGGGGAAGAGUGUAACAUUCAAUAUGGAAAAUGAAGCCCC